AUGGGUUGUUCUAAAAGAUUGGAAACUGCUAUCUUUCUGGGGCUUCUUCUUUCGAUUUUUGCUGAGUCAGUGGUGGGUCGGUUUGUGGUGGAAAAGAACAGCUUAAGGGUGACGUCACCGGACAGCAUCAAGGGCACUCGUGACAGUGCAAUUGGGAACUUUGGGAUUCCACAAUAUGGAGGUAGCAUGGCAGGGACUGUGAUGUACCCGAAGGAAAAUAGAAAGGGCUGCAAGAAUUUUGAUGAUUUUGGGAUUUCAUUCAAGUCGAAGCCUGGAGCUUUGCCUUUCUUUGUUCUUGUUGACCGUGGAGAUUGCUUUUUCGCUCUAAAGGUUUGGAAUGCCCAAAAUGCUGGUGCUGCUGCAGUUCUAGUGGCUGAUGAUGUUGAGGAAGCAUUAAUAACCAUGGACUCACCUGAAGAGGAUCACGCAUCUGCAAAGUAUAUCGCGAACAUAACAAUACCUUCAGCACUGAUCGAGAAAAGUUUUGGUGAAGAUUUGAAGAAAGCAAUCAGUGGAGGUGAUAUGGUAAAUGUGAAUCUAGAUUGGAGAGAGGCUGUCCCGCACCCAGAUGAUCGGGUGGAGUAUGAACUGUGGACUAACAGCAAUGAUGAGUGUGGAAUUAAGUGUGAUAUGUUGAUGGAGUUUGUUAAGGAUUUUAAGGGUGCAGCCCAAAUUCUUGAGAAAGGUGGUUAUACUCAGUUUACACCUCAUUAUAUAACUUGGUACUGUCCACAGGCAUUCACCAUAAGCAAACAGUGUAAGUCCCAAUGUAUCAACCAUGGAAGAUAUUGUGCUCCGGACCCCGAACAAGAUUUCAGCUCUGGUUAUGACGGAAAAGAUGUAGUUCUUGAGAACUUGAGGCAGCUAUGUGUGUUUAAAGUGGCCAACGAGAAUAAAAAGCCAUGGGUUUGGUGGGAUUAUGUUACUGAUUUUCAAAUAAGAUGCCCCAUGAAGGAAAAGAAAUACAACAAGGAAUGUGCUGAGGGUGUUAUCAGUUCCUUAGGACUUGAUCUGAAAAAGAUCGAAAAGUGCAUGGGUGAUCCUAAUACUGACUCAGACAAUCCUGUUCUGAAAGAAGAGCAAGAUGCUCAGAUUGGGAAAGGAUCUCGUGGUGAUGUAACCAUAUUGCCCACCCUCGUUGUCAAUAAUCGUCAAUAUCGAGGGAAGUUGGAGAAAGGAGCUGUUUUAAAGGCUAUUUGUGCUGGUUUUGAGGAAACUACAGAGCCAUCCGUUUGUUUGAGUGGUGAUGUUGAAACAAAUGAGUGCUUGGAUAAUAAUGGUGGCUGCUGGCGAGACAAGACAUCUAAUAUUACAGCUUGCAAGGACACAUUUCGAGGAAGAGUGUGUGAAUGCCCUGUGGUAAAUGGUGUGCGGUUUAAGGGGGAUGGUUACAGCUCUUGUACUGCAAGUGGGCCCGGACGGUGCAAAAUCAAUAAUGGAGGCUGUUGGCAUGAAACCCUAAAUGGAAUUACUUUCUCUGCCUGCAUCGAUAAUGAAGAAGGAAAAUGCACUUGUCCUCCUGGAUUUAAAGGCGACGGUGUUAAAAGUUGUGAAGAUAUUGAUGAAUGUAAAGAAAAGAAAGCUUGCCAGUGCCCUGAAUGCAGCUGCAAGAAUACAUGGGGCAGUUAUGAUUGCUCAUGUAGCGGGGACCUGUUGUAUAUCCGGGACCACGAUACCUGCAUAAGUAAGAGAGCUACUGAAGUCAAAUCUGCUUGGGCUGCUGUUUGGGUUAUUUUGAUUGGAUUGGCAAUGGCUGGUGGCGGGGGGUAUCUUGUAUAUAAAUACAGAUUGAGGUCAUACAUGGACUCGGAAAUCAGGGCUAUAAUGGCACAGUACAUGCCUCUAGACAGUCAAAAUGAAGUUCCAAAUCAUGUUAGCGACGAUCAUGCUUAA